GGUAUCAGGAAGAGCUUACCAUGUAGCAAGCAGGUGCAGAGCAAAACCUAGGUCCCAGGACCCAAACCAGAAAAAGGGGCAGAAUCCCUUUUUCAUAAGGAAACAAAGCACGUGAUUACAAACCCUAAGAAAGAUGAAAGAGAACUGUGGCAUAUCAAGGGAAAUGGUGCUGAUGCUGGCCUGCUUGCUUUUGCUCUUUAUUCCAUCUGUUCCUGCUGAGAACCCUGGUGGCAUUCAUAUCAGCCCAGAAAAAGGGGGAGAUUACUGCUUCCUCUUCCCUUCACGAUGGAUGAAAUCACAUCAGAAGGGUAAUAAGAAUCAGUCGCUUGACCUUCAGCCUUUAACUCAGAACUUCACUUACUCAGCCAUAUGUUGCCUACCUUCAAUCUUUGGGGAAGAUGACAAUGACAGAGGAGGAUUCAGUACCAGAAUUGUAUCUGUAAGAGAGGGGAACUGCAAUCUCUUUGAGGAUGCCAGAAUCCAUCAGAUAAACAAAACCCAGGGGCUACUGACUCUUGGUGGAGAUGCUCCAUAUCCAAUGAGAAGCUGGAGAGAGGCAUCCAACUGGGGCCGCUGUGAAGAGAUUACUAUCCCAGGGGUUCUGCUCAGCGAUGCAGAUGUUCUCUACUUGGUGUUCCAGAACCUGAGCAGUCACUUGCUAUACCAAACUGGGAUCAUUUACCUGAUGUCAAUGGCCACUGUUAUUAUAGGAAGCUACUGGGCAGGAUGCACAGAGAAAAAAAAGCCACGUAUCAAAAGUCAAUGCCAAACAGAAAAUUCUGGAGAGGUAACAAUUGAUACUACUGUCCACUUUACAUGUAUGUGUAUAGUAAUGGCCAGUUUUAUACUGUUUUCUCUCUACUUUUGUGAUUAUGUGAAACAUGUAAUGACUGGCAUUUACUGUCUAUAUGCAUCUUUUAGCCUAUAUAAUUGUUUGGCUCCAUUUGUGAGUAAAUUCCCAUUUGGAAGAUCUGUGAUCCAUUUCUCAUGUUUGCACAAAGGUCUAGAGAUCAGAUCAUUGCUCUUGACACUGAUGUGCAUAUCUGUCAGCGCACUCUGGAUUAUCUUCAGAAAUGAGAUAGCUUGGGGCUGGGUUUUGCAAGAUGUUUUAGGGAUGUCUAUUGGCAUCUACAUUCUGAGAACAGUUCAUACGCCAAACUUAAAGAACUGUAGCUUGUUUCUUACGGCUCUUUUGUUUUAUGAUGCAGUCUGUCUUCUCAUCACACCUUUUCUAACCAAAACAAAAAGAAGUGUCACCAGCGUGAUAGCUUGGGGUUCAUAUAAUCCAGAAAACAUACCCUUUCUGUUAACAGUACCAGUAUUAUCCUCAGUUUCGAUUCUGGAUUACAAUUCUUUUUCAGCUGUAGGCCUUGGAGAUAUCGUACUUCCUGGCUUCCUAGUAGCCUACUGCUACAGAUUUGAUGUUCAAGUUGACUCCUCAGGGGUCUAUUUCCUAGCAUCUACUCUUGCUUACAGCUAUGGUCUCUUACUGACUUUUCUUGCUGCAAUAUUCUGGCAAGCAAGUCAGUCAACUCUCUUAUAUUUGGUGCCCUGUAUACUCAUCACUAUCCUGACUGUUGCUCUUUGUCGCAAAGAAGUGAUGAUCUUUUGGACAGGUACAGGCACUGAAGAAAACCAUUCUUUACUAAAAGAGUCCAAGGAAUAACUCUGUCAACAAGAAGUGGAGGGAAUAAAUUCUCAACAUCAUAUUCCAAAAGGAAAAGCUGAAUACCAACAUCAAAUUCACUGAGGAGUUAUCUAACCUGCAGACACAGACUGAGGAGGAUAUUAAUAGCAUUCCAAAUAAUGAAGAUCUCGCCAGUCAACAACAUGAAGACUACAAAAAGGAUGAAGUGAAAGAAAAAAAGUAAGGAACAGCUAUGAGGAAACACUGAUUCACAUAGAAACAAUUUGUGCCUACUAAUCAAUAACCCAGGCACUUCAGGGGUGAUUAAAUACAAGUCCAUUAAACUUCAUUUGGC